AUGUCUGAAGUCAAUGGAUUGCUUAAGGAGCAGAGUCCUCAGAAUGGAGUCCGCCCUCCUUCUGGAAGAGUGGCCAGUGCCUCCAUGAUGCGCUCAGGUACGGUUCAGCCUGGUCCACUCAUUUGCGGCUCUCCUGAUCAGUCCAUAGUCAUGUCCUCUUCUGAAUCCUCUCCUUCAUCUGAAUCGACGCCUUGGUCGUCCGCGAUCGGACAUGCUGGGACAGGCAAAUCAGGCAGAGUGAUCGAGCGAUUACAAGGAGAUAUUGACCGACUGCGCCGUGAGAAACAAUUGCUCAAGAUGCGGCACGAGGAGGCCGAGAAAACAAAUGAGGUCUUAGUUGCACGGAACCAAUCCUUGCAAGAUCGAAAUAGCAACUACGAACAGUCUCACGAGGCCAAUCUUCGACAGUUGGCGAGAAAGGAGAGACAAGUUGAAGAUUUAAGGGAAGAACUCAAAAAGGAGAAGUUGAAAACGGCGAAGGCAGAGGCACAGGCUGCCGCCGCCGCCUCUAGCGAAGAGAUGUGGCGAGAUCAAGCUAGUCAGGCAAAAGCCCUUGCCGCGCAAAAAGAAUCUGAGUACGACACAAUUGUCGCAUGCCGGAAGGUAGACUACGACCGACACCAAAGUGGCCUGGAUAAAAUCAGAGGCAGUUUCGACACCCUUCUGCGGCGACAGGAGGAUGAUUUGGAGAGGCGGAAAAAAUUGGAAAUCAUCGCCGAGCAACAACGGCAGACAAUCUCGCGGCUCGAAGAACUCAAUAAGAGGUUAACCACCAACUUCAAAGCUUACAGACACGAGAUCGAUGCCGCUAUAUCCGACCUCCGUGAGGCCGCGAGUCACAACGACCAAGCUGUAAGUCGAAAGCUGGACGAAAUGACUCAAGUCACAGGACGGAUGCGUUGGGUGAUGAAUGUUGAUGAUGUGGUCAAUCAUAAUCAUCCUGGCCCGAUGCCCGUGGCCGUGCCAGCGUCUCCGCAAGCGCAACCGUGUGUGGACGGUCCUGCGCCAACACCAGACAUCCGUAGCGGAGAAGAGCCGGGGAAACAAAGUCUUAGUCCCACGAAAGGCCUGUUGAGAAAACACAGACGAAAGGACUCGGCCAAGGCAUGA